GAGACCCAAGCAAACAGUGACUGAGAGAGCAUCUCCAAUUAACAUUACAAAUGUUUUCAAUCAUAUAUCAUUUGGUGUACCAUCAGCAAGCAAUUUUCAGUUUGAACUAGAUAUAUCAUUACCAAGCACAUCCAGUGGUGGUAUGAGAUCAGACAGAUUUGGUGUGGCUUUCUGUGACUGGUUUUACAAAAUGGUGAAUAAGUUACAACCUAUCUUCGCUCAACAAGAAGGCGACAUAUUUAGUGAACGAGUGUUCCUGACAAACAGCUCUGUUAAUAUUUUCAUUAUAACCAAUGAAACACUGGAGAGAAUUGGCACAGGUCAGAUUGGUAGCUACCUUGUGCUUAAAAAUAUUCUGUUAGAAUUUGAGCUUCUCUUCUGCCCUAACCUAGAAACAGGGCUACAAAUAAUUCGAGGUGAACAUGGUACAAUCAGGGUUUCCUGCUGUGGGACCUUGCAAAGGCAUAAUGGCUGCAUAGGAAUUUAUGAACAGGAGUUUAAUCUGGUUUACUGUCCAGUGGAUAAGAGAUGGAAAAUAAUGAACACAAAACUUAAUCUAAAGUAUGCAACAAUUGCACCUCAGCUGCCUUCUUUACCUCCUUCUGAAAUAUUUGAAGUUAAAGGUUAACGUGAAGUCUUACAAGAAUUAAAUCAGUCCUGAGAAAUCAUUUGAGGUAGUAUAUAAAUAAUUGUUUUACCAAUAUUUGAAAUUACCCAAUAUUUAUAAUCAGUAAAAUGUAUAACAGCUAGAAAAUUGGCUUUUACAGAUCUAUUUAACAAUGAUUUCUCUCUCUCUCUCUCUCUCUCUCUCUCUCUCUCUCUCUCUCUCUCUCUCUCUCUCUCUCUCUCUCUCUCUCUCUCUCUCUCUCUCUCUCUC